CCCAACAUGCCGUCGGCGCUAUAGCAACCGUAGCUAGCUGCGGGGAGAGAGUGGCGAUAGGCCAUGUCUCGUCCCACUGAUGAGACGGCAGGGGACCUGCCUGUGAAAGAUAUGGGUCUAAACCUCUCUGGAGUGGGAGGAUUACAAGAAACUUCAACAACACGGACAAUGAAGUCUCGCCAGGCAGUGUCACGUAUCAGUCGUGAGGAACUGGAAGACAGAUUUUUGCGUCUGCAUGAUGAGAACAUUUUGCUUAAACAGCAUGCCCGCAAGCAAGAGGAUAAAAUUAAAAGGUUAUGA